AUGUACCAGCUGAGAUCCCAGAAGAUCCGCACUCGAGUCCACAACGCUGACCAAAACACCCAACGCUUCAUCCCCAUAUCCGAGUAUGGCGAGGCCAUCACGUCCCUGACAGUCUCGGCGGAUCGGAAUAUCCUGGCUGUGGCCGAGAAAAUGGCCUUGGAUCGCUUCGGCGGCAGGCCCACCAUUCAAAUUUACGAUGCCCACAGCUUUCGAAAGCGCCGCAGCGUCACGAUCAACACCGAGAUCCUGGCCAGGGAGUUUACCGAUCUUUCGUUCUCGGGCGACUCGCGAUAUCUUGUCGCCCAACUCGGCGCUCCGGAAUGGACCCUGAACUACUUUGGGUGGGAAAAGGGCAAGCUGAUGGCGUCGCUGCCCAUCUUCGACUCGACCACUUCCGGCUCCAACGGCACCGUGAUCAAGGGACUGAUUCCGGGCGACAAAAAGGUCAUUCGCCAUGUGUGCAUCAAUCCCAACGACGGUACACGCUGCUCCGUCAUCGGCGACGGGUUCUGUCGGGUACUGCUCUAUGCAGAAGGAGAACUGAGUCCAUUGGCGAGUACCAUACCACCCAACGACUACCAAGCACAAGCCUGGAUCAGUGGAAAUCGUCUGGCACUGGCCACCAAAGACGCGAUCUUCAUCACCGAUCAGUCCGCACUCUUGACAACCGUCUACUUCCCCAUCAAGGGCACCAUCCUCAAGAGCAUCUCUUCCAGCCCGCGUGGUUUCGUGGCAGGUGGAUCGUCAGGCCUCGUCGUCGCCUUUGAGCCCUCGCUCGAUGAUCCGCACGGAUUCAGAAUCGCCCGAAAGGUCACCUUUCCGACAGACACAGCCCUGUCGGUGCAGACCAUGGCCGUCAGCGGCAGCGAAGGCAACCUCAUUGUUGGAACAAGUAACAACCAAAUCUGGAAGACAUCGCUUGCUGCUGACGAGUUGCAGAGCGAGGAGUCCAAGUUCGAAAGUCUGUCCCAGCCUUUCCACCACGGGGCUGUCCUUGGCCUGGACGUUUGCUGUCGAAAGCCCCUGCUUGUCACCUGCGGCACCGACAAGUCCGUCCGAGUGUGGAACUAUGUCAAACGAACGUGCGAACUGGUCAAGUAUUUUCCAGAAGAAUCCUACACCGUGGCCCUUCACCCAUCGGGCCUCUAUCUGCUGGUUGGAUUUGGUGACAAGCUACGGCUCAUGAAUGUGCUCAUGGAUGAUCUCCGGCUCUUUCGCGAGUUCCCGAUCCGGAGCUGUCGAGAGUGCCGCUUUUCCAACGGCGGCCACAUCUUUGCCGCCGUUCACGGAAACGUCAUCCAAAUCUACAACACGUGGACCUUCGACAAUCUCUACAACCUCAAAGGGCACAAUGGCAAGAUCAAAUCGCUCUAUUGGACCCCAGACGACGCACUAUUGGUAUCGGCGGGCACGGAUGGCGCCGUAUAUACCUGGAACAUCCUUGAGAUGAAGCGGGAAAACGAGCACAUCCUGAAGAGUUGCGCAUACACUUCAGCUCUGUGCACAUCCAACGGAAAAACUCUGUUUACUGUGGGCUCGGACAAGAUCCUCAAGGCCAUCACUGACUCGAUCGUGACCAUGGAAGUCGAGGCAAAUGUUGUGCUGACACAAAUCAUCGUCUCACACUCGGGGCGUAUGAUGUUUGCAGGUGUGCCAGUGUGA